AUCCGACAAAUCCCACAAACACCAAAAGAGUCCGACCCAUAUCUGAUUUCUUACGAACGUGUGUUGCUUUUUUUCUCAAACCCCAUUUCUUGUGCUACACUCCAAAUUCCAAUGAAACCCAUCAAACCCCAAAAUUUUCCCAUUCCACCCAAUUCAUUUUCAUCUCAAAGUUUCCCCCCAUUUUCCUGGGCAAACAGACAAAAUUCAUCUGUCCAACACCACUUCUACAAUCAACCUCACUCACCCGUUUCCAUGGAACCACCUUUAAAUCCUUUCUUUCCAUUUCCGUUUGAUCUGAAAACAGGAUUCUCUAUCCUUUUGUGCAAACCCCUUGUCAAGAUUUGAUCAGAUAGCUCAGAAUCCAUCAAUCUGUAAGCAAGUUUUUCUUACCCAACUUCAGAAUCCAGAUGGGUCUUUUCUGAUUGUGAUAAUUAAUAUGUGAAGAGGGAGGGAAAAAAAAAUGAAGCAAUGUGAUGAUGAUUCUUGUUGCUGUUUUUCUGUCUUCUGGAUUUGAACUUUGAACCGCACUUUCGGUUGUAUAAUGAUUUUCCCCACAUUUUGAUUUCGAAUUUGGGGUCCCCAAAAGGUAAGAGAUGAUGAUAAUCCUGCAAAUUAAUACCAACGAAAAGGAAACUUUAUAGCUUUAUGUGAUUUUCUUGGAAUUUUUGGCCUGCCAACAAGUCAUUAUUGUUGUUGUUUGUUCAGCCUCUGCUCAUAGCUUAAAAUUUCCAUUGAUUGAUCUGUGCUUUUCACUUUAGUAUUCUGGUAGAAUGGAAUCUCUAUGUUCUGUUUCUUUCUCUCUCUGUGCUGGAUAUACCUCAGUGAGUAUUCGAUACUUUUUUCCCCUAUAAGGUUUCUUAGAUGAAUGCUCCAAAUGCUAAUACUUUUCCAUUGUGAUUUGAAAGCUUGAAUAAUUGUGCCCAAAUGGACCCAAAUGACAUUAAAUAUUUGUCCUUGGUGACUAUACAUGAAAGGAAAGAAUAAAUAUAGAUUAAAGCUACUUUAUUCAUAUUCCUCUCUAAUAUUCCCAAGAAAUGAACCGAACCAGAAUCGUGAGAAAUUGCUGUCUACAGGCCAGAGUUAUGAAUAAGCUUGUUUUCAAACCAACUUUCUCUUUCUCUUCUUAUUAAGAACUACCUAGCUUUUCUGCCUGACAAGUCAAGUAUGCUCAAGCAAUAAAGAUUGAGAAGGUUAUUGAAGAAGCUCUAAACUGUAAGCCCUUUUUACUGGUGCAUUUCAGGCAUUUUAUGUCUUCUUUUCUUCCUAUAUUUCCCCAAAAUUGCCUGCCUCAUGGUCUGUGAGCCACUUUCGUAUACCGUUAUUGUCUGAUUUUCGUUAAGAUCACCCCCUCUUUGUUCUUUGAAGCACAUGACCAGUUGCCUCCGGAAUUUGACAUCGUUCAAAUAAUUAUAGGUCUAGAUAAACAUGAGAGAAAUGGCAAAUAAUGGUAUGGAUUUUCAAGUAGAAACAGAUUCACUUCUUGGACUGAGUGAAUCUGGAAAACUUAUUUCGAGUUCUCCACAAGUUUUGUCAAUUCUUUCCUCUGUUUUCGAGAAGUUGAUUCAGAAAAAUGAAAAGCUAUUGAAAAGACUCAAAAAGAAAGACAGUGUUACAAUUUUCCACAGUUCCCGAGCUCCUACCAUGGGCAUUGGACAAUAUAUCGAUCGCAUCUUGAAGUACACGUGUUGUGGAACUGCUUGCUUAGUUGUUGCCUACAUAUACAUUGAAAGGUAUCUUCAAAAAACGGAUGUUUACCUAACUUCUUUGAAUGUCCACCGCCUUCUGAUCACCAGCAUCAUGGUUGCAGCAAAGUUUAUCGAUGCCGGGUGCUAUAACAAUACUUUUUAUGCCAAAGUAGGAGGACUUCAAAAGGAAGUUCUUGGGGCAGAGAAUCAAGUCGAACGUCGACCCGGUAACAAAGCUCGAACUAAAUGUUUGCCUCAAAUUACAGGCUAUACUUGCAGUGCCAUUUAAACACUCCCAAGGAAAUCUCCCUUUCUUGAAUUUCAUGGUUAGUUUAGUGUUUCAAAAUCUGGAGUUGUAUGGAAUAUUAUAUAUUAUAAAGCUUCAAUUCUUAGACUAAAUCCAGAAAGUAAAAAGAUUGUAGCAGGAAGAGGAUGGGAUUGUAGAGAUUCAAUGAAAAAUGUUUCCAAUGCAUUGGAAAUUUUUUAUAAUUCAAUCAUGAUUGUUAGAUGGAUUCUUCAAA